AUGCGUGUGCGCAUUCCGCCGAACUCUGCAAUUUUGCAACCGGCGGCCUCAACAUCUUCAGCUCCAGCCAUUUGUCCUUGGUGCUUGACUCGAUCACAGUAUCCUCGAAGUCGGCACUCGAGACGGCAUUUCUCCAGCUCCCGGAUACAAUCUUCAGCAUGGGCCGCCGCCGUGUCCAAACUCCAGAACGCUGUGGGCGACGUAUUACCCAUCCGGCCGUCAAGCGGGAACAUCACGAUCGAUCCCCUCAAAAUCGUGGCGGAGGAGUUGAAGUUCCUGAAUAAAAACAUCAGACAGCUCCUGGGUUCGGGACAUCCCAUCCUCGACACGGUGGCCAAGUAUUACACGCAGAGCGAGGGAAAGCAUGUCAGGCCUUUACUGGUACUGCUCAUGUCGAGAGCGACGGCCUUUGCGGCCAAACAACCUCGCCCGGAUACACCGAACUUGUCAGACACCAAUAUUGACAUGCCCAUAUCGUCUCCUACCGUGCUCUACGAUAACAACCCCGAUCAGACCUCUCCCUCCUCCCCGUUAACAGAAACACCCAAGGAAGCUCGCUAUGCAUUUCCGGACGACGCGACGAUCUUGCCAUCACAGAGACGGCUGGCCGAGAUCACCGAACUUAUUCACACGGCUUCUCUCCUUCACGACGACGUGAUUGACCACUCGACAACGCGCCGUUCUGCUCCUUCUGCAAACACCGCUUUUGGUAACAAGAUGGCCGUACUCGCUGGGGAUUUUAUGCUCGGACGGGCGUCCGUCGCACUCGCACGCCUGAGGGAUCCCGAGGUCGUCGAGUUGUUGGCGACCGUGAUUGCCAACCUGGUGGAAGGCGAGUUCAUGCAAUUGAAGAACACCGCAUCUGAUGAGAAGUAUCCGGCGUGGAGCGAGCAGACCAUCACAUACUAUCUCCAAAAGACAUAUCUCAAAUCUGCGAGUCUGAUCAGCAAAAGCUGUCGAGCCGCCGCUUUACUGGGGCAAUGCGCACCCAGCGUGGUUGAGGCAGCAUAUUCAUACGGCAAAAACCUGGGCCUGGCGUUCCAGCUCGUGGAUGACAUGCUGGAUUAUACCGUCAGUGGAUCUGAGCUGGGCAAACCGGCCGGCGCGGAUUUGGAGUUGGGUCUUGCAACCGCUCCGUUGCUUUUCGCCUGGAGGAGUCGACCCGAAUUGGGACAGUUGGUCGGCAGGAAAUUCUCAGGAGAGGGCGACGUUGAAAGGGCUCGAGAAAUCGUUAUCCAAAGUGAUGGUUUGGAGCAAACCCGAGCUCUAGCCCAGGAGUACGCCGACAAGGCCAUUGCGUCUAUAAGCUUCUUCCCAGCCGGGGAGGCCAAGGACGGCCUGGAAGAAAUGUGUGUAAAAGUUAUGAAGCGCAGGAAAUGA